CUCGGUCCCCGAGGGCCCCGCGCCUGGCGCCAGCGCCCCCGCCGCGCCCCGCCCCGCCCCGCCCCGCCCCGCGGUCUGCGGGCGCGCGCACCCCGUCUCGCGGGGAGCCCGGCCGGUGAGCGCGAUUGGCUGGCGGGCGCUGGGUGUCCGGCCCCAGAGACUCAGGGCGAGCGCCCCGCGUCGGGUCGGGGCGCGCUCGGUCUCCGCUCAGUUUUACCUCAAGACUAAUUAGAGACCGAUUUGAGACUUGUUUAAAUUGUUUUUAUUGCUCCUUUCCUUUCUCCCAUCCCUUGAAGACUGAGGAACAAAAGAGAGAGUGGCUUCCUGGCUUGCUGCCAGCCUGAGCAUGGAACACUCUUAUGAGGAGAGGAUCUGUGACAAUCUAAUCCAAAAGUAAAUGAGGAACUUAGAAAAAGAUUGCCAACUCCAGAUCAACAUAUUUAGAGAAAAUUGGAAAGAGAAGCUUACUCCAGCUUUAUUUGAGGACUUUUUAAAGAAUGCAGAGUUCUAGCUGUGAGCUUCAAAUUCUGGAGCAAAAACCAGAGACAUUGCCAGAGCAAACAAGAACAGAAGUACAAAUGGAGAACUGGUCAAACGCCCAAAGUCAUAUUGAACAUGAGGCCUCAGGGAGAAAUAAAAGCACACAGCCAGAUGAACAACUGACUGAAAAUUCUAAAGGAAGCAAGCAUCAGAAAUGCAAUGAAUUAGUUAACGAAGCCACAUAUGAGGACACACACCUGCCAGAGCAGAAGUCCAGGAAUUUUCCUCAUCCAGGUGGUGAGGCAUCGCACUGCAUCACUGGAAAAUCCAACAGUAUGGAGCAUACAAAUAAUGAUUUGCAUUAUGAAUGUAUGAUACCUGGUCAAGUUACUUCAGACUUAGAUAAAGAGAAUACUAUUACAUUUCUUCAAACAGAAUUGGACAUUCUCAGAGCAAGCCAUAAAAAGCUUCAAGAAAAACUGUCUAAAGAAGAUAGAGAACAGAGAAAACUAAAGCUUAAGUUGGAACUCUAUGAGAAAGCAACAGAAGCUCAAAUUGCUGAGAAGACAGCAGCUCUGGUUGAAGAGGUGUACUUUGCACAAAGGAAACGUGAUGAAGCUAUUAUGACUCGACUACAAAUAGCCAACGAGGAGAGAGAUGAAGCAGUCGCACGAGCCAACCAUAUGGAAAUGUCUCUAAAACUGCUAGAAAAUAUUAACCCUGAAGAAAAUGACAUGACAUUACAGGAAUUACUGAACAGAAUAAACAAUGCAGACACAGGGAUGGCUAUUGAGAAGAAUGGAGCUAUAAUUGUGGAUAGGAUCUACAAGACCAAGGCAUGUGAGAAGAGAAUAACUGCCGAAGAAAUGAACGCAGUGAUAGAAGAACGCGAUGCUGCUUUGUCUCAGUGCAAACGGCUGGAGCAAGAGCUUCAUCGUUUGAAAGAGCAGAACCAGACUUCAGCAAACAACACGAGACAUCUGACUGGCGAAAACAAUCAAGAACGUGCUCUGAAGGCAAAGUUGUUAGCCAUGCAACAAGCCAGAGAAACUGCAGUUCAACAGUACAAAAAACUGGAGGAGGAAAUCCAGACACUUCGAGUUUAUUACAGUUUACACAAAUCUUUAUCUCAAGAAGAAAAUCUGAAGGAUCAGUUUAACCAUACCCUGACUACCUAUGAAGAAGCUUUGAAGAAUAGAGAGAACAUUGUUUCCAUCACUCAGCAACAGAACGAGGAGCUGGCUGCCCAACUGCAGCAAGCCCUGGCAGACCGCGCGAGCCUGGAAUCGGAGCUUCGGCUGGCGGGGGAGGCCUCCCAGGCAGCCCAGGACAAGGUGCAGAAGCUGGAGCGGCUGGUGGACGUCCUGAGGAAGAAGGUGGGAGCAGGGCCAGUGAGGACAGUGAUCUGACUGAGAGCGGCGGUCUGGGAAGCAGUCACAUCUGGUGACCAGGCUGAUUCAUUCAACGCUGUGUAAACACUGAAGCCUUAACUUAGCAAACAGUUGUUAGAAGUGGGACACUCCAACCACAUUCCAAGCUGAGAUAAAAUCAAAUCACAAAUGUUUAACCACUUUGUUGCUGACUUGAGUUAUUUAUCCGAAUGUAUUAACUGCGGACUUUUACCAAUGGAUAGCUAUAAAGUUGUAGUUUAUUUGGUAACUAUUUUCUGCCUCACUGUAUUUAACAUAACCCUUUUUUACUGGGAGACCAUUACAGAAACAUUGUGAAGUUGGUCAGGAUUAUAUCUUCACAUAUGGCCCCUUCUGAAUCAAAAUGCAGCAAAGUAAAUAUUGUCUAAACCUUAAUCCACUGUGUUAGGUCAAAACUUCAAAUACACGCUUUUUUUUUUUUUAAUAUAGAGUUUAUUUCUUACCUGAUGAGAGAAGCUCAGACAUAAGAGUUAAUAGUCUUCCUUCAAUGCAUGCAUGUAAUCUUUGUUAGUGUUCAAGAAUAUUAAGUAUGGAUACUAAGAAUUAAAUGUAUAAUUCCUUUGAAUAAGAGUUUGGUACAUUAAAAUUAUCAUGAUUUUUGUUUCAAUAAAAACAAUAUAGAGUACAAUGAAAAGAGGAUAUUGUUACUGUGUACUUAUAAAUUCAAUAUUUUCAACGCUGUGAUGAAAAAUUACCUAAACUUUAUUUAAGCUGUGGAAAUUGCCAAGUUUAUCUAAUGGACGGGGACACUUGGGCUUGAAAAUCUGUCUGCCGCAUGCAGGGGGCCAUCCAACGCGUUGCACGUGCUUUUAGAUGAUCUUAGAUUACCAUUUGAAUUCUUGUUGUGGAGGAAGAGAAUUCGAUAUGUAACUUACAAUAAAAUUAUAAUGUAAAAACGUAUGGUCUUGGAAAAGAGAAAACCUACAAUUUGGUUCUGGUUACAUACCAUUUUUCAUUUAAGAGAUAAAAUAGUUAUAGCAUAGUCAUUUCUAACCAUAUGAAAUUAUUAAUAAAACUAAGAUUUGUAGAUAUGGCUGUAGGAAAAACAUGUUCUUUUUUAGAUUGAAUAGAUGAGAGGCCAAUAGAAAAUUACUGUGUCUAGAAUUGGGUGAAAAAGACAAGUAGAGAAUAAAUUCAUGAAAAUUUUUUAGGCAAGUGAAACUUUUUCUAAAUUCAUACACUUCUUUAAUUCAUCUUUAAGAUUGAGGUAAAUUAUCUAUUGUUGCCUGUUUUCAAGACAAGUCAGAGUAAUUUAUGCACCAUUCCUUCAUACACCAUUUGAGAUUAUCUGUUUGAAUUCUUUUUUUCACUCUGCGGGAAAAUCUAAGGUACUUUAUCACAGAGUAAUGAAAGGACAAUAAUGCUAACAUCAGUUUCUUCCUUAUUUUAUCCAUUAAGUUAACUGAGAGUUAGAAUCAUGUCAUUGAAUUUAAAUUUAGAAUUUUCUCACAUUGUCUGUUUUUAAUUAUUUUUAUACUAUAAGAGUUAGAAAAUAAAGAACAACAGGGGCUAAAAUUAAUCUAUGUGGAUCUACUCUAUAGUUCUAAAGAGAAUUACAGCCUCUCAUAGGCCAGGGACUAUAAAAAUAGAGAAAUUUUAAAUAAUUGAGCCAUGCAUAGAGUCUUGUCCCGAGGCCCUCAUCAAAACAUAUAAUAGCUUAAUGUGUGAAGGAACAAGUCAUGGAGGUAAGUAAAGAGAAAAAAUCUUUGUCACAAAAUUGUCCAUUCCUGAAUCCUCUUCAGAUGAGUCACAAAGAAACUUGAAUUUUCAAUUUCGUCCUAAAGAAUAGACAAGUCUUCCUUGAAUUAUUUUGCUUGGGGUUUUCUAAAACACAAAGUGUAGCAAAAAGACAUUUUCGAAUUUUCAAACAUUUUUCUAUACCUAAAUGACCAGAUUAGAACAAGCAAUUUCUGUAAUCAAUAUUCAGAGCUUUUACAGAAUUUGAUAUUAUAAAUUUAAAUUUAUAAAACAAUUCAAACAUCUACUAUUAUUCAAUGUAGGUAAUCACCCCAAAAUAUCACACAUCCCCUUGAAAAUGAUUGUCUACAAAAUUACGCAUGCCAAGUAUUAUAGUCAAAUAUUAUCAUUAAUUGAUUUCUUGCACUUAAAAAAUAUUCACCAA